AUGGUUUCCGGUUUGUAUGCGGUACGCCUACAUAAUUUAACUUAAAUUACACGGGGCAUAAACAUCCACGUAUUUACCAAAAGGACAAAGCGCUUAUUACAGUACUCUUUUAAGUUAUAUCAAGUAGAAAAACGGAGAAUUUACAACAGCAGCAACGAUAAACAUGUGGCAGUAAUUAUAUAAGUAAUUUGCUAGUAUCAGUUUAUCAAAAUAUUUGACUGUUACAAAGCAUAUCGUGGCCGUAAAUUCAUUACCUGCGCUACGUAAAUUUUGCUUCAGUAACUGGUGUUAGAGCGCUGACGAAAACUGCUAUACUGGAAAUGAAUCCAUCUUACUGCCAAUCCUCCAACCCAGUGUACGCCUUGGCGGGAAGUACCUGCGUGUUGUCGCUGUACUACGCCAGAAUGGCCAUGAAGGAUUCGCAAAAGUCCUUGGCUUCCGUUUACUAUACUGGUGCUGGCAUGUUCCUCGCUGUAUCAGCUGUAUUACUCUUCCACGGGCUAAGUACCAUCUCAAGGGACACCGUCAAAGUGGAUGAAAUUUACCAAGAUGUGCACAAUAAUUCCAGAUUCAUGACUAAAGUGGAAAAGGCUCGUCUGUCUGCUCUGUUUUCCCAGUCAAAAUAUGGUGAUGCACCGGUGUCCAUGUAUUCUUACAUCAGUUCCAUCUCGCAAGCAUUGGCAGGGUUUGGCUAUAACGCUCGCAGUCCUAAUCCUGAAAAUCCAAAUUUCAACUGGGAAUUGUGGUCAGCGAUGCGAGGGAAACCCAAGACCAACGCGACCAAUGAACUAGUGGAUUACACGUGCCAGGUUUUUGACAGAAUAAGGCGGAACGAUAGUGUGAGGACAUAAUGGAAUGGCCAGCAAUACGAACACGCCGUACAAAACCUGCCAAGGACCUCACUGAUAGAGCACUUAUUCGUAAUAACAGUAAAUUUUUUAAAGAAACUUUGUCAAUGCACUGUCGAAUGCUUUUUGCAGUUUUCCUUUAUAGUUUUAUCCGCCGUACGCGUGUCUUUCGCCACAUUCAGGGCGCCGACAAAGUUUGCUUGUACACGUUGGUUAAUUAAUAACGAACACACACAUCUGGAAAAAGUAGAGCUGAAAAAUGGUGGUGUUCCUUAGAUAG